CGGUUACGAUAAACUGCAAUAAAACGGGAAAGGGGCUGGCGGUAGGCGAAGCAUGCCAUCAUAUCAGAUGGCAGAGGUCUUUAUCGUCUUUACAGGUGAUUUGAACCAAAAAAAAAGAAAUUUCUUCAAAAUGAAAAGUGGAAAAUUUAAUCCAGUUUGCGAACUGAAUGAACGGGGAUAAGACGAAACGCGAAGUACAAGCUCCAAAAAACUCGAAACUCAAAAUUAAAUAAGUGAAAAAGAAAAACAAAAGAAGAACAAAAAAAUGGGAAUAAUUAAACACAUAUUUUGCAUUGCGGUAAUAAUUCAGGCACUGGAUUAUGUUUUCGCAGAUAAUUCAAACGCGAGUGCUCUCAAUUCAACAAAUGAAGAUUUCCCCAAUGAAUUUGCACCCACAUGGCAGGUUAAUUUUGAAGAGAAAAAUGUCAAUUUAUCCAUGACCCAAACAAAAGUUAUACAAAUGGAAAUAUUGAAUAUGGAUCCAAUCAAAUGGGGCCCAGAUUUCGAACUGCACAUAUUACCCAUGGAUAUGGAGUUGAUGCGCUUAAGCCACAAUAUCAUUAUAACCAAAGACCUGAAGGCCGGCCAAACAACCUGGAGGGGAAACUUUACAAUUGAAGGCAUUUUCUUGGGUCACAGUCCAAUCUAUGUAGAGUUGAGAAGUCGAAAAUCAACAGAGAAGGCUCUGGAAACUCUGGAUGUAAUUGUCUUGCGUAACAUUGGCACAAUGGAUGUGGCCUUUCGGGUAUUGGUGGGAGCAUUCGUUAUGUUGCUGUAUGUCAAUUUCGGAGCUGUUUUAGAGCUGGAUGCCCUAAAGGAGAUUCUGCUGAAACCCAUUGGCCCGGCAAUUGGUUUUGUGGGACAAUUUUUGGUUAUGCCUGUGUUAAGUUUCUGCAUUGGUUAUUUUCUGUUUCGCGAUAUGAUUGAGCUGCACUUGGGCUUGUUUUUUACCGGUUCCACACCGGGCGGUGGAGCUUCGAAUAUUUUCACCGUCGUUUUGAAUGGCAACCUCAAUUUAUCCAUAACGAUGACAGCGAUAAGUAAUCUGGCCGCUUUCGGUAUGAUGCCGCUGUGGAUAUUCACUUUGGGUGCUCUCAUCUUUAAGGAUGGUAAUUUGAUUGUGCCCUACAAGACAAUUGCCAGCAUGAGUUUUUCGUUGGUGUUGCCGCUUUCGAUUGGCAUAGUAUUGCAGAAAUAUGCUCCGAAUUUCGCCAAGAAAAUGUCGAGAUUAUUGAAGCCGUUGGCGUUGUGUUUCAUUGUUGUGAUUAUGGGAUUUUCGUUUACGGUCAAUUCGUACAUCUAUAAGUUAUUUUCAUGGAAGAUUCUUAUGGCCAGUAGUGCCCUGUCCUGGCUGGGUUACCUUAUCGGUUGGGUAUUUGCCGUAAUAUGUCGUCAAUCGGCACGCGAUGCCAUAACCAUUGCCAUUGAGACAGGCAUACAAAACACAGGCAUUGCCAUAUUUAUGUUGAAUUUCACCUUGCCGCAGCCACAGGCCGAUAUGACGAGUGCAGUGCCGGUGGCCAAUUCAAUGAUGACCCCAGUACCUCUGCUAUUGCUCUACAUUAUAAAGAAGAUAUUCUUCCGUAAUAAAACCAAGGUGGAAGAGGGUAAUGUUGACAAGGAUCAAAUUGAAUAUCAAAAAGUCGAAACAAUUAUGGUGAAUGAGAAGAAGGAGGAAAAAGAGGUGCGCUCUGAUCCGUAAAUUAGUUGCUGUAGAUAGUUUUAUUUAAUCAUAGACGUUUUAAUAAUGU